UCGUGUGUUUAAAAACCUUUCACGCACUAUGUUUCAUAUGAAUACUGGUGUUUAGCGGGGAAUCCCACACAGAGAGACUAUAACCAACUCCCUGUCAGUGCCAGUGAGCUGUUCUGGUGUAUGUAAAGGUCAGGAAUCACGCGACACAAGAAUAAACUAACAUGAAUCGAUCUACACAUCUACAGAGAAACUCCAGAGGAAGCCGUGCAUAGAGAGGAAAUGAAAUAAAUCAAAAGACAUAAAAAUAUGACGGACAGCGAGCAAACGAAUGAAAACUAUUGUGAGAAUAACUCACCUAGUACUUCAAACCCUCAGAAUCAGCCAACACGUGCAGAUGGAUACACCAAGAUACCACCAAAUGAAUCAAAAUGGAGCAAACUGCAGAGGAUUGCACAGAAAGAAGAGGAGGAACUGAGGAGAUUGAAAGAGGAGAACCGCCCUGGUCCCAUUCAGCUGGCUCCAGAGAGACUAGGUGGUGCAGUAUCACUGGCAGAAGUCAGACAAAGACAGCAGGUGGAAUCACGCCAGUCAAAGCAGAGAAAAAAGCUUCAAAAAGAGGAAAUGGAUCAAAAGAAGAGACAGGCAGAGGAGGAGGAGAAUGAGAAGAUGAAGGCCUUACAGCGAGAGAAGGCCACUAAGCUAGAGAUGAGGAAAAAGCAAGAAGACGAACAGAGACAGAAGCUGUACCAACAUGACAAGCAAAUGAAAACCAAGGAGUUUCUUCAAAGAAUUGAGAGGUCCAGCAGUAGCGUUUCUAUGGCAGCAAGCAAUUCCAUACCAGCAUCAUCCUGGACUAAAAGUCAUGAGUACAGGGAAGCCAGAAGAGAGGAGGAGAACGCUGACCUGCUUAAGAAGAAAGAGGAGCAGAGGAGAAAGGCAGGAAUUUUGGAGGAAAAACAAAAACAACAGGAGGAGGACAGGAAGAGAUGGACUGAAGCUGACCAUCGGCGGGUGAACAUGGCCUACCUAGACCGUCUGGAAGCGGGUAGUUCAGGUAGGGUGCCUGAACCCAUGACCCAAACCCCUGAAAGCACUAAUGUCUGGCUGGAUGAUGACGACGAUGAUGACAAACCGCAGGAUACAGCCUUAUCCACAGUGCCCAACCCAUCACAGCUCCACACAGACUGUGAAGAGGAGGAUGAUUGUGGCCAUAUGUGGACCCUGAUGAAACUCCAGAAUAGGUUUCCAUACUAUGAGCGGGAUAUGCUUGAAGAGAUCAUCAAACAGUGCAAUGGCAAUUACCAGCAAGCAUAUGAGCUGCUUGAUGUGUAAAUACUUUCUCGUUUUGAUCCUCAGUGAUAGAUUGAUCCUAAUAUUGUUUUGUGAGUUAAUAAUCAUUUUUGGGUGAACUACCCCUUU